GAAGGCACUGGGGUAGAUUGGGGAUUACAUUGUAGACUGGGGAGUAGCGAGGUAUCGGGACCAAGGUACAAAUAAGCAUAAGAUGGCUAUGAAUGUUAGUCUGGACCCCAAUAACCCUGAUGACAAGUGCAGUCGCUAUGACGUUUUGUCCUGGAUCAAUGAAACAUUACAGACUAAUUUUACUCAAGUGGAGCAAUGUCGUUCAGGUGCAUGUUUUUGCCAGCUUAUGGACUUGCUCUUCCCAGGGUCCAUCGACAUGAGCAAAGUAAAGUUUGAGUCCCAAAAGAGGUCUGAUUUUAAACAGAACUACAGUCUUCUGCAGACGGCUUUCCGAAAAUCAGGCAUAAAACAGCCAGUCCCUGUGAAGCAGCUUCUCACAGGAAAGUUUAGACCCAAUUUCACCUUUCUGAAAUGGUUCAGGAAAUUUUUCUUUGCCAAUGAGAGACAAAGGAGAGAGUACAAACCAGUUGAAGCUCGUAAUGGUCAGGAUAUUGUACAGGUAGAUGAACCUGUUAAGUCUCCAAGAUCCUGGAAAAAUCCACGUGAAUCUGGCAGAGUAAGAGACGAGUCUGACAAAGACAUGGAAUUGAAUGGAAGGAGACAACCUGUGACUUACGAUUCUAAAUGGGAAAGAACCUUCAAGUGGAUCAGAGCCAGCCAUAUGGAAGACAACUGUGCUUACUGCACUUUGUGUGACUACAAUAUCAUUCUACACGCAGGUUUUUUCGAUCUGAAGCGACACCAACAGACUCAGAAGCAUAUGAAGCGUGAGAUGGGAGGAUUAAAUUCAUCUGGCAGAAAAAAGAUUGAAAACUCUAUUUCCUGUAGUGAAACCAUGCUUCUUUUCAUUCAAAACCAUUGCCUCUCCAGUUUACCCUCAAGGAUCAACAAGGUCUCCCAACGUACUGCAAGCUACAUCCUCGGCCUGAAUUAUCCAAGUGAUAUUGUUUCUGCUUGUAAGAUGAAUCCCUACUGUAUAUAUAUAUAUGGGCAGGUGCUGCUUGAUGCAGAAAGCAGAGAAAGGACCUCCUGCCAUGUGGUGCUAGUGGGCUUUUUUGAGGAAAAGCGAGCAAGGUAUUGUAUCCGUCUCCUUGAUGUCUUUCAGGCUGAAGAUGGUAGCUCUGUAUCUGGAUGUUUACUCAAUGUCCUUCAAAAGUUUGAGCUUCCUGCUGGCAACAUGGUAGCUUUCUACGUUAAUGACCAGGAACAGACCUCAGGAAGUGUUGUGUCACAGAUUCAGGAGCUCAAUUCACAGGUGAUUGAUCUCGGAGGACUUUACAACGUACCUGACUCUGCCUGCAGUGCUGGCCUACAAGCUCACUCCAGUCAGGUUCAGGAACUUAUUGCCAGCAUCUAUGAACACUUCUCAACUUGUUCCACCAGCAAUGACAAUCUCAAGAUGCUGUUUGCGGGCAUUGAAGGAUUAAAAGACACCAGCGCUCCCCUCUCACACAGUUGUGAGGAGUUUUGUGUGCUUGUUCAAAGGAUGCUUGAAAUGUGGAGUGAUUUGGUAUCAUACUUCACUUCCUGCGAUGAAAAUAAUGAUAAAGCUAAGCAAAUUUGUUCGCAGCUGGAGAAUCCUAAAGUUAGGAUCACCUUGAUGUUUCUGGAUCAUGCUCUUGGACCACUCCGUGUCUUCGAGCAGCACCUGCAACAAAGCAAAGGCUCAGUUCGUGCCGAUCUUGUCCAGAUCCUUCGAGAAGCAAGUGGACUCCUACGUUCGUAUGCCUCCAGCUUUCUUCGCCCUCAAGCGGUCAUACGCUACCUGAAGGAACGAGACCCAGCCAUCCUGGAGAACUCAACAUUCUGCCUUCCUGCAACUGAGCUCAGUUUGGGUGGUGUGGUAGAAGACUUCAUCUCUGCCAGAGAAGAAGAGCUAGCAGAUUCCAUUAAUGUGUUUCAUGAUGAGUGUUUAGCUUUCUACAAAACUCUUACAACCUCCAUCGCUGACAGUCUACCUCUGAGCGAUAGUGUCCUGAGGGGCAUUUCACAGCUUCUCAGCCCAGCAGGAAGAUUGAAGGUCACAGGAAAGAGUAUAGUUGACCUUGCUGUACAAUUUGGCAUCUGCUCCAAACCUGAGGAUUCUGCUAAGCUCACGGAUGAGUUCUUGGAGUACCAGCUUGUAGAGGAUGAAGAAGACACGCCUUCAACCCUUCCUCUGGAGCGAUACUGGUGUAAUGUGCUCAAGACUUUUCCACCAGAAUCCAUCUUCAAGAGACUUGUCCUCUGUUUUUUGAUUUUGCCCUGUCCAUCUCUUGAAGCAGAAAAGAUCUUUGCACAGGCUGUUGAAAAUGGAGAUGUUGCUCAUUGGGAUGAUAGUUCAGAGGAAAGUGACACAGAUUUGACAAAAGAGCUGGAUUCCAAUGAUGACUCUUCUCUAGACCACACUGAAGUCAAGAUUUCACCUAUCAGAAAUGGGCAAAUGAAAAAAAACAGAGGUAGCACAUCAGAGAUGGUUCAACACUCAGACACAGUGAAGCCGUGUGUGGUGCGACUGGAGAAGAUCACCUGUCAGAGAGAAAUGGACUUAAGGAGAGAUGGAGCCGAUGAUGAUAUCUGGACUAGUAGUACGAUACACGAGGGCUCCGUUAGGGGAAUUUAUGGUUGGGAGAGCAGCUUACGGCAGAAACCACAGGAACGUACAGUCUUUCAGGCUGGUACAGGCACCUGGAGCAAACCGGUGAACCCAGACAAGGACAGCAAACCAGAGGUGGUUAAGAACAAUGCUCGUUCAUCUGCAUCAAAUUCGACACCAAGCCCCAGAUCUGGAAAGAGAGAACAAGCGUACCACGAUGGAAAAGGUUAUGCCAUUGGAGAGCUUGUGUGGGGAAAAGUAAAGGGCUUCUCUUGGUGGCCUGGACUGGUGGUGGUGUGGAAGGGCAGGGCGCUUACUGUGUCUAUGAGGCGUGUGGAGUGGUUUGGAGAUGGCAUGUUUUCAGAGAUUCAUACAGAGGGACUGCUGCCCUUCGCUGCUUUGUGCAAUAGCAGCUAUCUGGUCUUAAAAGACUUGGGCUUUAAGGUGGAGCGCUACAUUGCCUCUGAGAUCUGUGAAGACUCCAUUGCUGUUGGGAUGAUCAAACAUGAGGGCCAGAUUGAAUAUGUGAAAGAUGUGCGCACCAUCACAAGGAAACAUCUGGCCGAGUGGGGGCCAUUUGACCUCCUGAUUGGUGGAAGUCCAUGUAAUGACCUGUCCAUGGUGAAUCCAGCCAGAAAAGGUCUCUUUGAAGGCACAGGUCGACUGUUCUUUGAAUAUUACCGCAUGUUAACCAUGAUGAGGCCGAGAGAGGGUGACGAUCGCCCCUUUUUCUGGCUCUUUGAGAAUGUAGUAGCCAUGAGUGCCCACGACAAGGCUGAUAUCUGUCGUUUCCUGGAGUGUAAUCCUGUGAUGAUUGAUGCUGUGAAAGUAAGCCCAGCCCACAGGGCUCGCUACUUCUGGGGAAAUUUACCUGGAAUGAACCGACCACUUGUGACUUCACUCACUGAUAAAGUAGAACUGCAGGACUGCCUGGAGGUCGGACGAACUGCAAUGUUCAACAAAGUUCGCACUAUCACCACCAAGUCCAACUCCAUCAAACAAGGGAAGAUGGGGCCUCUGCCAGUCACCAUGAAUGGAAAAGAGGACUAUCUUUGGUGCACUGAAAUGGAGAGAAUAUUUGGGUUUCCAAAGCAUUACACAGAUGUGAAUAAUAUGGGGCGAGGACAGAGGCAGAAGGUGCUUGGGCGGUCCUGGAGCGUUCCUGUGAUCCGACAUCUCUUUGCCCCUCUGAAGGAUUACUUUGCUUGCGAGUAAAGCCACCGUCUGGUCCAGGCAGCUCUGGCACUGGAGGUCCAAAUUAAGUCUCUCCGAUAAAUGAAUUUGAUUUUUUUUGUUUUUUUCUGCAGAUUCUGACCUCACAGAAAAUUGUCAAAUUUUAAUGUUGCAUUUGUUCUUAAGUUCAGAAAGCAUGUUAUCCUGAUGAUUUAUCCUUGGAAUGCACAGCCACUUUUGGAUUGGAUUUUCUUAAGUACUGUCAUUUUUAACUUGUGUACUUUUAAACUGAUUUUAAUGCUGGAGAGAGCCACACGAUACUCCACCCACUACCUCAGUGCCAUUCUGUGAUUUGUUCAUUGUCUGGAGGAAUGCCGCUUUAUGCCUAUUUAUAAUUUAAUAAAUAAGUUAAUAUUAGUUUGGUUUAGUUUAUCAGUUUUAAACUUAUGUCAGCUUUUUAGAUCAAAUUUUUACAUUAAAUCUUUUCCGUGUUUUAGGAAUAAACAUGUCCUGUUUUUAAAUAUUGCAUUUCAGAAUUUUUAAAAUUAUGGUAAUGUUGUCAUUCCACGGCACGUUUUAUAAUACAGGAUGUUUGGCCAUCAUGACAACUGUACUAAGUCAGCAUUUUUUAGGAGCAUCUAUUUAACUGAAAUUAAUGCUAAUAUAGAUGACUUGGGUUUCAGUUAAACUGCGUUUUAUUUAUAGGAAUACAUGCAAUCUUGUAGUGCUCCAUGUAUUUAGAAGCACAAAUAUUGUCUGUGCCAUUAAUUUUUACUCAAAGCCUUGGGCUGAUGAUAGAUUUGAGUUGACAGUAGCCUUCCAAAGCUUUACCAUUUUUUUUUUUUUAACUUUUUUUAAGUUGUAAUCUUUAUCAUUGUUAAUCAAUUUGCAGAGCAACACUGCAGUUUUAAGACAAUUUUUUUCCUUGAGCUAGCAUUUUAGUCCACACUAUCAUCAUUUUACAAGAAACAGGUCAUCGACCCUUAGGAUUAAGUAUUUCGCUUUUCAUUUUGCCCCAUUUGUUACCUGUACGCACUUCCGAUUUUAAACUGUUGGCUGAAACUGUGGUCACUGCAGCAUUAAUUUGUGUUGUUUUUGGUGAGGAUUUAGCAUACUACAAUAUCUAAGUGAGAGUUAACUGAAGCCUUUUUGUAGAACAUGAUGCAAUGUGAUCAAGGGCUUAAACUCUGAAUAAGUGCCUACAAACUGAUAGGCAAUUUUUUUAUGUAGAAAAAAUUGUGAACUGAUUGUAAUUGGCAUGACUUCAGACUACUUUAAAGGGAAUAAUUUUGGCUACUUUGUCUAGUGCAAGUGUCUAAAUUAUAUCUUACCUUUGAAAUGUCUCCGAUUACAUUUCGUUAUCAAUUGUGGUCUACUGUCAGUGUGAAAUUAGGUGCUUCAGAAUGUGUGUAUAAAUACUAUGCGUUUUCUUUGUAGUUGUUUAGCAUGUGUCUUUUUGUAGCAUUAUGUGGAUCAUGGUGAUUUGUGGUUCGGACUGUCACAGGUCAAAGCUAGUGUGACCAUACAUCCUCUUUUUCCCGGACAUAUUCUGGCAUGGAUUUCUAUCAGUCGAUUAUAUACUAUACCUGCAUGCUAUCGGUCAGAUUUCUUUUCAGUCAUUACCUUCAAGUAUAAAAACAAUAGGAAAACAAAUCCAUUUUAGGUCAUUUAGAAAUCCCAUCCAGGACAUGUCUGGGGGAAAAAGAGGACAUAUGGUCACCCAAAUCAAAGCUGAUCUUCAGCUUUUGGUAGUUUUCUAAAACUUGAUACCAACUUACUCAAACUAAGCUUGAUUAAACCAGUUUUAGUGAGGCAUGGGCCAGCUUGAGGUGUGUGUGUGCUUUGGUGAAAUAUCAUUAACUGGAUUACAUGUCUUGAUGCCUGUUGGUCUAUGUCUAUGUCUUGUAGCAAAGCUUUAGAAAUUCCCAGUAAGAACUGUGUUGGUGCUGUGUUACAUGUGAUUUUUGUAAAAUGAUGGUUCAUGUGUAAUUUGGAGGUGCAGUACUGUGUUAUAAAGAAUAACUUCCUCAGGUCUUUUCAACACCAGCAGGCCUCAUAGGACCGUGAUCUUUAAUGUCACACUUGAUUAUUUUUAUUCAAUUCUUUGUGAACAGAAUAUACUAUAUAUUUGUACCCUUGAAAUUGCCCUUAAUACCUCUUUUUUUUUUCCUGUUGAAUGGGUCAUUCACACACCCUGAUGUGUUUUGGUGCUAAAUGAUAUGCUAAUGAUGUCUGUAGAUCUAGAAUGUUUUCCCUGAACUGAUGAUUGACAAGACUGGUUUUGUUUUAAUCUUUUGAUAUUUGAUAUAGUCUGCUUACCUAGCUUUAAUAUUCCAUGCUUGUACUAACAUCAGUAAAGAAAAAUAAAUUG